CGCGUGAGCACAGAUGGCUAAGCGAAAAUGUCUCGCGAUACGUCGAUGUCAUAGGCCGAUCGGGUGUGCGCAGCGCCGCAUGCGGUCAACUGAUGAGUUAGGACAGGGGACUUUCUAAUACAGCUGAUAAAAAGUUCUCCAGACAGAUGUUCACCAACACUGAACACAGACGCAUGCAGACGGAGAGACGACAUGACAGUAGAGGAGAAAACACACUCAGAUGUGAUUGACAGGAGACUUUCAGACACACGAGUCGAGCCGGACGGUGACUGGACACACUUCACAUAUCACUAGAACUGUGAGUCUUGAUAUGAAAUAAAGGUGCUAAAGCUUCAUCUCAUUUGGGAUAUUUCCGUCACAUCUGCACAAGCAACAUGUCGUCACGUCACAUUGUGUCAUUUCACCUGGCGCUCUGUGUUUUCACAUGAUUUCAAAUGUGUUAAUAAUGUGAAGUAUCGGCAGAAUCUCUCUCAUCCUGUCCGGCUCUGAUGAUGAGGUCAUAUUCACAAACCUGAAGAAGAUGAAGAAGUGUUUAGUGCUGCGUUCGUGUCUUCUGCUCUCUCUGUUGUGUAUCUGCGCUCACAUCUACGUGGAGUUUAAAGACUUUUGGCUGAAGAUCUGGAUGAAGGCGGCGCCCUCGUACCUCACACGCCACAGGAACGUUGCCAAGACAACAUCUGCUUCCAGUGAUGCUGCGUCCACAUGCUGUCCAGCGGUGAAACAUCACAGAAAGGUUCAUCGAUGGAAGAUCACUCUUGAACCAUGGGCUGCUGCGAGACACAACCUGGAGGAAGAAGCAAACAGAUUCAUCAAAUACAUCUCCACACCAAAGGUGACCUGUGAGAGACGUGUGUCUGGAAUGAUGGACAGAGAUGAUGAGCGGAGGUCAUGGGUUCUGUGUUUGGACAGUAGAUUCAGUCUGUAUCAGCGCAUCGACUCUAAACACUGCAGAGUUUACUCGCUCAGACUGGGAUCGGAGGAUGACGGUCUAGAGCGCUCUUUGGCGGUCUCGGGGUGUGAGGUUCAUUGUUUUGAUCCCAGCAUCAGAGGAGCACACCUGCAGGACUCACACAUGUGGUUUCACAAACUCUCUGUGGACUGGAGAGACCCCAACCCGUCCAGACACAAACACAGCAACACCAAAAAACUCGCCACCAUCCUUAAUGACUUCGGCCACAGACAGGUGGACGUGUUGAAGUUGGACAUGGAAAGUGCGGAGUGGAAGAUUCUAGAGAACUUGAUCCUUGAAGACGUUUUGGGUUCGAUCGGUCUGCUGCUUGUAGAGGUGCACCUGCACUGGGCGGGGUUUGAGGUGGGCGGAGACGAGCCCUCGGUGGUUCGCUAUUGGUUCAGUCUGUUGAGGGAGUUGGAACGCGCUCACUUCCUGCUGUAUCACAGCUACAGCGACCCGACAAAACCGCACGUGUUCUUACAGCAGAACUCCCAGAACACCAGCAGCUCUUAUAUACUGGGCUGGGUGAACACUCACUUCUCACCACACACCUGAAGAUAAAAACACUCGUGAUAAUCACCCAACGUCACUCUCGGGAGGUCAGAGAAGUGUGCGUGGAAAGAUUGAAGUGCUGAAGCCAGUUUCCAUUAACCUUCAAAAUGAGCAAAUUAAAAUAGAACGUUGAAAGUACGCUUAAAUUCAAACGCGUCAAGUUCGUAAAUACUCACAGUUCUCACUCGUACGAAAUGUUUUUUCAGGUAAUACGAUAAACACAUAUUUCGCAGAGUGCAAUGGAAACACUUUUUGUCGUAGGCCUAUUUGCAAGUCAAGGUUAAUUGUUUUUUCAAGAGAAGGUUUCUUUAUAUGUUAAUUGUUUAAAAGAGGUGAAAUAAUCUUAUUUUUGUCUAUGUUUGUUUGUUUAUGUAAUAUGUGUGGAAUUUAUUGUGGACAAUUAACUGCAGAUUUUGGAGGAUGAAUGUUGUUAUUGUCUUUUUGUUGUUGAUCAUAAUAAAGGAUUGAAAAAAAUGA